UAAAUUCUCAAUCUCUACGUAUUUCUUUUAUAUUGAAUUUCUCAUACACUCUCCGUAAUCAUGUCUUGCUACAGGGGAAAAUACGCUGAUGAACUGAUCAAGAAUGCUGCAUAUAUUGGUACGCCGGGGAAGGGCAUCCUCGCCGCCGACGAGUCCACCGGCACAAUUGGGAAGCGCUUUGAAAGCAUUAAAGUUGAGAACAACGAGGAAAACCGUAGGGCUCUUCGCGAGCUCCUCUUCACCGCCCCCGGCGUUCUCCCCUUUCUGAGUGGAGUCAUCCUCUUUGAAGAGACUUUGUAUCAGAAAACUGCCGCCGGCAAGCCCUUUGUGGAUGUGAUGAAGGAGGGGGGUGUCCUCCCUGGCAUCAAGGUCGACAAGGGCACAGUGGAGCUUGCUGGCACAGAUGGGGAGACCACCACCCAGGGCCUUGAUGACAUGGCGAAGCGGUGCCAGCAGUACUACACUGCUGGUGCCCGCUUCGCCAAGUGGCGGGCCGUCCUAAAGAUUGGGCCCAACCUGCCAUCCCAGCUGGCGAUCAACGAGAACGCAAACGGACUGGCCCGCUACGCCAUCAUAUGCCAGGAGAACGGGCUGGUCCCGAUCGUGGAGCCCGAGAUCCUGGUGGACGGGGGCCACGACAUCGACCGGUGCGCAGACGUGACGGAGCGCGUGCUGGCCGCGUGCUACAAGGCACUGAACGACCACCACGUGCUCCUGGAGGGGACCCUCCUGAAGCCGAACAUGGUCACCCCGGGCUCCGACGCAAAGAAGGUGGCGGCAGAGGUGAUCGCCGAGUACACCGUCCGGGCGCUGCAGAGGACGAUGCCGCCGGCGGUUCCGGCGGUGGUGUUCCUGUCCGGCGGGCAGAGCGAGGAGGAGGCGACGGUGAAUCUGAACGCGAUGAACAAGCUGAAGACGAAGAAGCCGUGGAGCCUGACGUUCUCGUACGGGCGGGCGCUGCAGCAGAGCACGCUCAAGGCGUGGGCUGGGAAGACGGAGAAUGUGAAGAAGGCUCAGGAGAACUUCCAUGGCCGCUGCAAGGCCAACUCCGAGGCCACGCUUGGGACUUACAAGGGCGGCGCCGCCGGCAGCGAGGGAGCGUCGGAAAGUCUCCAUGUUAAGGAUUACAAGUACUAGAGAAUUGAGAUGCAGAUUAUGUCUCUACCUCCUUCUUUUUCUUGCUUAAUUUCUUUUCUUUUUUUUGUGUGUUCUUUAAUAUUUUUUUCUUGCUUAAUUUCUUUUUUUUUUGUGUGUGUUCUUUAAUAUUUUUACUUGAUUUUCAAUGUUUAGUUCGAAUAAAUUUUGGCAAAUGUCAUUAAUUUUUUCCAUUUACCUUUUGACAUGUCUAUAUGUAGUCAUUUUUAUAAUGAUUUGAAAAUUAGUAAUAGUUGUACU